UCAUGCGCGCGCGCGCCUGAAGGUUGCAAUUCGGUUGGAUCGACUGAAUCUGUGGGAAGAGGGAAACACCAUUAUUCUUAUUGGCAAUGCUGAACCAGAAGUGAUGUUCCAGGAGCCGAACAAAUCGAUCUUCGAAGGCGGAGGAGCCACAGCGCAACCCGGGCGAACCUAAUAAUAGCAGCAGCUGUGCGAUGUCAUCGACAAACGCCAGACCGAAGCGGAAUCCGAGGCGGGCAGCCGUGAACAAACAAUGGAGUGAGGAGCACCUGAUGACUAGCCCGAAGUCGCGGCUGGUUGGCUUGGAUUUGGUGAAAUUGCUUCGCCAUCCUGAAGCCUGGACAUGUCUGGAAGAGAGUGAGAAGGAGGAGAUUCUCAAACUCCUUCCCGACAACGCACACCCGAACCCUUACCCUCCGGCUGGCGACCCAGACGCAAAGAUCCCCCCACCACCGGAGUCCUUUCUCCGCUACUCGAAUAAUUGGCGCGACGGCAUCCGCCAAUUCCAGCUGGAUCUCCAGCAUGGUCGCUACCAUCCGGAAUGGCAGCGCCAGGCGGAGAAAGCCGUCGAAGAGAGGGCGGCUGGGAAGUUUGAUCGGUUCAAGGAGGAGGAGUUCGAGGAGUUCUGGGGCCAGAAACAGAAAGUCGACCGGAGGCUGGUGGCCGGACAGAGCUCCCAGGUCAAACUGAAGAUGCUCACUGAUCACGGAGUGAUCUGUGAAGGCGAUAUCUUGAAGUAUUCCCGGGUUUUCUCCACAGGCAAUCAGAAGGUCCUUGUGGAGAAGGAAGCUAGGAUAGUGAAGAUUGAGGGCGCAGACCUGACCGUCGCCGUCCCGCCGGGGCAGCGUGUCUUCCUUUCCUCUGCGCCGGAUUCCGCGAUAGGUUCGACGAGCCCAACAAAUGGAGAGAACUCCAAGGUUGACACAAAAACCACCGAAGUAAAUGGACGACAGCGGGCCGGUGAGACCAACACAGGAUCGGAGCUGAAAGCCGAAAAGACUGAGGCUAUCUCUCAUCAUAAACGCGCGUCAGAUUCUGAGCUCCCUGACAGCAAGAGGCAGCGCUUGGAGUCUCCGAACACCAAUGCAACUGACAACCUGGAUUUGAACAAUGUGGAAGAUCAAACACCUACGGAAAGUUCACUUUCUGAGGGCAAACCUCAGUGUUUGGAGUCUCAAACCAGCACUACAAAUGGUAGUCUAGACCCGAAAGACAUGGAAAUCCAGGCAUCUACGGAUCAGCCGCUUCCCAAACCAGAUUCCAACCAGGAUAGCCCAAAUCCAACCGCGGCUCUGCCUACAGACCACGGCCAAGACGCUAAGGAGAUUAUAGUCUCCAACAUCCAGGGACUCAAUGCAUUGGCCUCGAAAAUCAUAGAAAUAGAUGGGCGGAUCAAGAAGGUGCCAAAUGGUAAUGCUUGGAAGGAGUUCCGAGCUCACAGAAACAACCAGGACAUGGGGAGCUUGUGGGAAGUCAGACAAGCCUGGUUUGUGCGCGAGAACAAGAAGGGAACAUCAACAUAAUUGAUGUGGGUACCGUUUCGACCGAGCCUGGGUGAAUUCGAUCUAAACACAGCCUGUUAUUGGACUAGUCUAGGAUAGUAGAAAUCGGAUGAGAUUGGCUGGCUGACAAC